AUGAAUCAAAAGAAUAAAAACCAGAAAAAUGCAUGUAUCUGCGUGCAUGUUAUAGAGAUAGACUUACCACAUAUACGUGUUCUACUUAUAAAAAAAACUUUUCUUAUCAAUGCCUUACCAGUUAUAGAGAAAUUAACCUUAAUAUAUAGUCAUGUCAAAGCAGGAUACUCUUAUAUACAGGAAACAUUAUCGAAACAGUCUCGGAAAUUCAAGUAUCAAACUUCUCCGGAUCCUGAUCAGAUGAUGAGUCCCGAGAGAAGCUACUCAUCUUCUUCUCUUGACAUUGUGGAGUUAACGUCGUCCCUCCAGGACACCAAACCCUGCAGGGCCUCAUUGCACCAAAGAUCCGCAAGUGAUUCCCUCGCCUUUGUGAACAAGCCUUAUUUGGUUGGACCAGGAUCUUGUCAGAGCUCAAAUAUUGGUGCAGAAUGGUGCUCGAAACUCGAUGGAGGUAAUGCUGAUGGAAAGGCUAUCGAUCACAACGUCGAAAAAUUGGAGGACUCUUCGUCUUCGUCUCUCAUAGGAGAGAGUACUCCUCCCCCAACUGAGCCUCAAAAACGGCGUCGGAACUUUCACCCUAGCAUGGACCCCAAGAACAUCAAACGACCGCUUGUGAACAGAGUUUCAGCUCAGAAAUCGCGGCUGAGGAAGCUGGAAUACAUAGAAAAAUUCAAAAGAGAUAUAAACACCGAACAGGCCAGAGUAUCGUUUCUAGCUCCACAGAACAAUGCAAUGAAACAGAGGAUGGAAUUUCUUGAGAAAGAUAUGGCAAAGAAAGAUGCUGAAUAUCAAGCAUUGAAGGACGAGAGAGACAUGCUUGCCCUCACAUAUUUCCUGAUGCAAGAAGGCAUUUAG